CUCCUGUCGAGUCUGUACAUGGACGUGUACUAGUUCGUGGUCUGUAUGACUGAAACACCCACACGGCGGCUCCCUGCGACAGAAGUCUGUCAGUCGACAGAGAGAUUGGAGGCGACAAGUACAGGUGUGUGAAGAACUGUGCAGGUUCACAUCCAGGUGACUACAGACCAGGGUGUUUCGGCAGGUGACUGUGGACUUGACUGUCGUUGUGGAUCCCAUCGUGGAUUACACAUUAAAGAUCUUGCUGAUAACUGACGACGCCGAUGCUACCCACGAGGAUCACAUCAGGUGACUUGUGGUCGUGUCAGCGUCCAGGAAAAAAUAACAGGUGAAUCGAGAGACAAGUGAAAUCUUAAUGUUUCCAGUGAGACCAGUAAGAUAAUGAAGUCUUGCACGAGCAGACAAGUGAACAUACUACAUCUUUAAAAGGAGACCGGUGAAAACGUUAAAGGUCUCUCAGGUGGAAUUAUUACGUCAGUCAACUAGAGACAGGUAACAACUUGAACUCUUUCCAGACUAGACCGGUGAGAAUAUUAUACCUCGCAGACAUUAAAGACAUUGAAGACCCGGAGACAACCUGCCGGUACCCACCCUGUCCUCAUAGCUACAGACUAUUAAGGGUUUGCCUUUGAUAGACCACUCUGGCCUGAUAAACACCUGAUAAACAUGCGAUAAAGAACGAGUGGCUUUCUUCAGGUCUGCGUCACAAACAGGUAGGCAGGGGUUGCGGAGAUAAAUAAGGGAUAAAGACUGAGGCCCGUGGCAGCCCACACUAGUCUCGUCAAGACAAGGCUGGUGCCACCCAAAGAUGUCUGAUUGAAAAGGAAUUCCGAGACCGUGAGACCCACAGACUUACAGAAGAUUAUAGAAGUCUGUGGUGAGACCUGCAGGUCCAUGACAUAUGGCCAUACACGUAGAUUGGGCCGCCCAUCACGUGAUCAUAGGGAAGGCUACCGUUGCCCGGCGUUGUUGUGGCCGUUGUGGCUUUACCUGGAGACAAUCACCUGUCGCCUGGCUAUUCCUAACGUCUGUACUCCAAAGGUAGGCAAGGAGAAGAGAGUUGUAAAGUGACAGUGUCAACAGUUUGUCUGGGGGCCCUCUCUGCAUGUGCAAGGUAACCGGGGCGCCCUCUGGUGCGAACAUCUUGUCGAGAAGUGGGCUGUGCGCUGUGACGUCACUCUCAGACGCUCAGGUCUUGCAAGCGAAACAGGUGGACGGGUACAUGAAGAUAUUUCUCUUAUGGGUGGAAGGAGUAUUUAGACGAGCAGGAGCAAACACAAAAGAUUCAGCCUCUGCGGUCGACGGCUGUUGUUGUUGUUGUUGUUGUUGGAGAUACGACACGGCAGCGUCUUUCUGUGGGAUGCUGCAAGGUGCUGCGACCCACCCUCCCACAGCGAACCACCGGUGACCGUUAUCCUCCACACCACCGAUCGUCUGCUGUUGACUACAUUCUUGACGCAGUGUUUGUGGUGACGUCCCACAGGGCCAACCGUGCGAGGGGGAGGGUGUGUAGGUUGUGUUGACACUAAAGUCUGUGACUGUGUAGCCUUAUGAUCGUGUCUCGUACGCCACCGUAUCAGGUUUAUGGCUGAAGUCGAUCAGAAAUGAAUCGGCGUGCUUUGAAGUUUUCCUGACACUUUGCUGACGUGUCAGUGCAGACCCACACUCGCUGGAACUGAGCGGAUAUUAGGUGGUGCCUGUAGGGGUGACGUGCGGCUGGACACGGGUGACGUACAAACAUCUGUCCUCGUCAAGCAGCAGACCAUCGCCUUGCCAAGACCCACAGGAAUGUCGCAGCCUCUGCUGUCCAGACCGGUGCAGGUCAACAAGACCGUGUUUCGUAGACACCGGUCGGCCUUCGCCAGGAAUAAACCAGUGCCAAAGACAAUAAGUCGCACGAGCAGCAGAAGGUCACGUGCUGGAAGCAGCCAAUCAAAGAAGCCAGGCGACAAAGGGCAAAGUUCGGCAAGCGACAGUGAAAAUGAGGACACCCGGACACGCGUCUCUGAUUUUGACAAUCAAGCGGACAUCAUGGACGAGAAAGCAUGGGAAACCGACCUUGAACCUGAAGUCCCGGAGGCGAACUCGACCUACGAUCACAGCGGGCGGAAGUUGUACCUGGAAGAGUGCGCGCGCCUCGGGGUCAUCCCGGUGUCGUACUUCCUGCGUCACAUGACCAGCCGGCAGCUGCACAUGAAGCACCACGGCCUGCGGCCCAGUGACAUGCUGGCCAUGGCCUCCGUCCUCGUGUCCAACACAUCCAUAUUGUCUCUGGAUCUGUCGGACAACUGGCUGGGCUACCACGGCGGUCUGGCGGUCUGCGACAUGCUGAAGGAAAACUGCUUUAUCUCAGAACUCAACCUGUCGGACAAUCACCUCAACAGGUGUGCCGGUGAGCUGUGCAGGAUCCUCCGCCUCAACGACUAUCUGCGACGUGUGACGCUGGCAGGCAAUGGAUUCGACGACAAGGCUGCAGAAUAUUUUGCAGAGUUCAUCGGAGCUUCAAGCCACGUGGAGUACCUCAGUCUCAGUCGUAACAGUCUGUGUGAACGAGCGGGGCAGCUGCUGGGGCCCGCCAUCUCGGAGAACUCCUGCCUCAAGGAGCUGGACCUCAGCUGGAACCAGCUGCGCCGUCGUGGAGCUGUAGCUGUUGCCAACGGCAUCAAGAAUAACGUGUUUAUGAAGAAGAUCAACCUGGCUUGGAACGGCUUUGGUCUAGAGGGCGCUGUGGCGCUAGGUGACGCCAUCAAAGGCAACUCGGUACUGGAGGAGAUAGACAUCACAAACAACAGAAUUACAACAGAAGGAGCAGUCGUGAUAGGGAAAGGCUUGUCUGCCAACGAGACGCUAAAAGUCCUAAAGAUGGGGAUCAACCCGAUGCAGAGUGCUGGGUGCUGGGGGAUAUGUGCCGCCAUACUGAAAAACCCCAACAGCGUGCUGCAGGCCUUGGACUUCAGUGACGUUAGUGUGAACAAAGAUUUUGAAGAGAUCCUCCAGAAGGUCAAGGAGCAACUUCCAGGGCUGAGAGUAAAGCAUGGCGGGAUGGAUGUGCCUCUUAAACCCAAGACCCCCGUGCACCCCAUGGUGAAGCUGAUGACCUACAUCAACAAGAACAACAUCCGCCUCGUCGACUUCUUCAACAAAUUUGACAAGGACGGCAGCAUGAGCGUCACGCCAGACGAGUUCUAUCAGGGGCUACAGGAGACGGGUAUCACCCUGACGGAGGAGGAGUUUCAGCAGCUGCUCAAGGAUCUCGACAGGGAUGGCGAUGGGGAGAUCAACUACAGUGAGCUUGUGAUCGGCCAUACCGACUUUCAAGACAAGGAGAAAAAGAUGCAGACGGUGAUGACCACAGUCAGACCCAUGACAUCCUAAUAACAGAAUGACCCCAGUGACCUCCGUGAGCUGACUGGAAGUUUCUGUCUGUUGCCAUUGUAACUGUUAAUACACCUGUUGACUCAGCCUGAGAUGGAUAAAUGAGCAGUCAAAUCGUGUCAGAGUACUGUUACUUACUGCCUGAACUGGUGUUGGUAUAAUGAUCCGAAUCCAAUCUUAUCUCUGCAUUUAAGAUAAAAUAAUCUUCAGUGUUGAUAUCGGUAUCCAUGCGAAAGAUGCAACAAUUUCAUUCUGCCUGUGAUUAAACAGCUGAAACUAAGGUACACUGUGUGGCUUAGUAUCGAACCCACUGUGAUAAUAGCAUUGAAAGACAUCUAGAAAACUGUGGCUGUCUGCUCCAAAAAUGUGACAGACAAAGACACUGUGUUUUUAACCCAUGUGAUUAAUAAAUCAGUUGCCGGCCUUAAGCUGGAAAAUUAUUGGCUAAUAAAUCAAACCAUAUUUCUCUCGUCAGGUCAUCCUCUAACCUUUACUAGGUUGUUGGGGAGUUAGGUGUAAGAAACCACACUUUUCUCAGGGCCAGCUAUUGUUGUGAUGGCAGUGGCCAUCUCCUGUUCCCCUCACUGAUUUAACUUUUCUCCAGAUGGACGCCAAGUGAAGAAGUCUAUCAGUUACUUUACAAUUGAUGGUUGCAGUAGUUACAUCUAUAUAAUUAUGUUUUUCAAGCAUAAACAUUAUACUUGAAUCAACCUUUUUUCCAGGAAAUGAAUGAUAAUAAAGAUAUUUUUGACCUUUAAA